ACAGGAGGAGUGAGUGAAUUCUCUCUCCGUGGGAUGCUGAUUCUUCUCCAAAUUGCACGGAGGACAGCAUGGCAGUGGCUUUUGAUGCGAUCCUCGCUCGGGUCAAGGAUGUUUGUAAAAGAAAUGGUUUGCUCAUUCUCUCAGUGUUGUCAGUCACCGUGGGCUGUCUUCUCGGAUUCUUCCUUAGGACGAGACGUCUCUCCCAGCAGGAAAUUAGUUAUUUCCAGUUUCCUGGUGAGUUACUGAUGAGGAUGCUGAAAAUGUUGAUUCUCCCCCUGGUUGUCUCAAGCUUAAUGUCUGGGCUAGCAGCCCUGGAUGCCAAGACUUCCAGCCGAUUAGGUAUCAUAACCGUCACUUACUAUCUAUGGACAACAUUUGUGGCUGUGAUUGUGGGAAUAAUUAUGGUCUCCAUUAUCCAUCCUGGUGGAGCAGCACAGAAGGAGAGCACUGAAGAGGGUGGAAAGCCCAUCAUGAGCUCUGCAGAUGCACUGCUAGACUUAAUCCGGAACAUGUUUCCAGCCAACCUUGUUGAGGCCACAUUCAAGCAGUAUCGCACCAAGAGCAUUCCCAUCAUUAAAUCUAACAAAGCAUCAUCUGAAAGCGCAACUCGUCGCAUUAUAAUAUAUGGAGUCCAGGAUGAGAAUGGAUCCAACGUCCAGAAUUUUGCCUUGGAUAUCACUCCCCCACCUGAAGUGAUUUACAAAUCAGAACCAGGCACUAGUGACGGCAUGAAUGUGCUAGGGAUUGUGAUAUUCUCUGCAACAAUGGGUAUAAUGUUGGGAAGAAUGGGAAACAGUGGUGUUCCUUUGGUCAGCUUUUGUCAGUGUUUAAAUGAAUCUGUCAUGAAGAUAGUAGCAGUUGCUGUUUGGUACUUUCCCUUUGGAAUUGUGUUCCUAAUCGCGGGCAAAAUCUUAGAAAUGGAUGACCCCUCAGCCAUUGGGAAGAAGCUGGGUUUCUAUGCCAUUACCGUGGUGUGCGGCCUGGUUGUGCAUGGGCUGUUCAUCCUGCCAAUGAUGUACUUCUUUAUCACCAAGAAGAAUCCUAUUGUCUUCAUCAGAGGGAUCCUUCAAGCCUUGCUCAUUGCUCUGGCCACUUCCUCCAGUUCAGCCACGCUGCCUAUCACGUUCAAGUGCUUGCUGGAGAACAACCACGUGGACAGGAGGAUUGCCAGGUUUGUGCUGCCUGUGGGAGCCACCAUCAACAUGGACGGGACCGCGCUCUACGAAGCGGUGGCUGCAAUCUUUAUCGCACAAGUCAACAACUAUGAGCUGGACUUCGGGCAGAUCAUUACUAUCAGUAUCACAGCAACAGCCGCCAGCAUAGGAGCUGCUGGCAUCCCACAGGCUGGCCUGGUGACAAUGGUCAUUGUUCUGACCUCGGUCGGGCUCCCGACGGACGACAUCACGUUGAUCAUUGCCGUUGACUGGGCACUGGACAGGUUUAGAACGAUGAUCAACGUCCUGGGAGAUGCCCUGGCUGCUGGGAUCAUGGCCCACAUCUGCCGGAAGGAGUUCAUCAAGGACGGCGAUGAGGUGCCAUUGAUCUGUGAAACUAAGCCUAUUAACAUCCAUCAGAUUGUGGCUUACCAGAGAAAUGGCUGUGUGAAGACCAUGAAUGAAUCCCGUGGACCAGAAACAGUGAAAGGGUUUCAGCACCACAUACCUGUACAAGUGGAGCAAGAAGAAAGCCCAGUGGAGAAUCACACUAAGAAAUCCAACAGUAAAGACCACUGCACUAUUGAAAUAAAUGAACUAGAAACAAACGUGUAACUGCUACACUCAGUGGUAUCUCACACCCCAGUGACCUGAUACCCAAUCUCUACCUCACAGCUGGAAGAGGGACUCUGCCUUGAACAGAAAAAAAAAAGUGGGAUUAUCGGCACUCGGCUUGUACUGGAGCUAGGAGACCAGCUGUGAACGUCAAGAAAGGCACACAGCUUGCAAGAGACAUGGGCUUCUUCAGGUGGAAGAUCUUAAUACUGAAAAAUUAACUAAUGGAUGACUACUGUUUUAUUCUGCACUCAUUUGACUCCAACAUAGUAUUUGACACUCCUUUGGCUUCUUUUUUUAAAAGUUUCUUUUUUAUUUGACCCUGUCUGAUUUUUUAACCAAAGCCUUUUUUGUGACUCUCAGUAAUUAUGAGCACUGUAUUUAUAUAUAUGUAUAUUUGCUGUGUGAAAAAGUUUCACCAAAACUGCUAAAGAUACUAGUUUUGUCUAAUAUUCAUGAAAUAUAGAAUAUGUGCUUAGUUUUAGAACAGAAGUAAGAAGAUCACACUGAUUUCCUGAGCUCAAGAUGUGGUGUAUGUUACCAAAUAACACCUCGAGCAGAGGUGAAGCAAAGCGUGUGAUUUUGCAAGAAAGCAUGUCAAGGUAAUUCUGAUGGGCAGCCUUCAGGGACAGGCACUCAGGUGUGAUACGUAACGCAAACAAUCCUAGGUCACUGCAGAGCACAGUUUGCCUUCCAAGUGCCAGAUUUAUUAACCUUUUUUUAACCUAUGUCUUUGAUAGAGUCAGUACCAUGCACACGCAGUGACAGAGGCAGCGUGAGCCCCAAUCCAUGAGCACUGGUGCUAAUGUGUCCUCCCCUGUAGUCUGUCGGCCCUUCUACUGUAAAUAUGUACACAUUUGAAGCUCGAGCUCUUGGACCAUGCACUUCAUCCUGAGGGCAGAUGGAACACCAACUGGAACCUGGUGAUGUUGAGUAAUAUUGGGGUUCUGCGGGGAGCCUGCUGUGGAAACUGGAUUGCUAGUUUUCAUAAUUCAGUGGUUGAAUUACGUUGAAGGUUUUGCCCUUUCCAUAAUCUACUGAAUCUUUCAGUUCCAAUAAAACCUGCUGAGUAUGUUUCCAA